AUGCUGGCUGCGGCUCAACGGGGAAACCUCGGUCUUCGGAGAAUCCCAUUAUCCGAGCAACCAGCAUCUCGCCCGUCAAACUAUCUCGCGACAGUUCAUCACCUAGAAUCCAUCUCCAACAUUAUCAGAGUCAAGUUCUGCGAUGAGUCGCAGAAGUUCACAAACCGGUGGAUGGAUAAUCCUCGGGUCGUACUGUUGAUCCUGUUACUUAUUUUUGUUUUCUUAACUCCUGAACAGCCUGGACGCCGCUUGCGCCAAAUCGACGAGGAUCGCAUCGAGGAUGAGCGCCGAGCAGCGCUUGACGUUCUGGCAAAUUCAUCUUACGGUCAACUUAACCCAAAAUCAAAUAGCUGGCUGAACCUGACAGGCUUCCGAGAAGUUGAUGGCUACAAAUGGGAUUCCCUAUCUCUUGCGCAGGACCUAAGCAGAGGCCAGUUUGAAACGAACUGGGAUGGGAUCGAUGUAACCGAUGGCCUGCCCAUCUUCCGCCAGGUCACGGGUGAGGUUCGCGGCAAGUUCUACCACAAUGACAUCUCUGGAAUGUCCCCUGUCAUCAACCUAACCGCCCUGGACCCGAAAAUGGACUAUCUCACGGACAGAUUCGAAAGGAAUGUCACCGAGAGUGAAGGCGAGCUCAGCCUGUCCAUCUACGAUUCUCAUGAGAGGCCGGCCCAAGAAGCUUCCUCGAUCAAAGCGGACAUUUCCAUAUGGACAGACUCCUCCCCCGGCAAUGGCUGGCAGGCUAAGCUCCAGGGCAUCCAUCUUCCUUCGGGCCAAAUCAUCAUGUCUACGGCCAGUUCCAAGUUUGACUCCCUACCUGCUCUUCCACAUUUUGCCCUGGAUGCUGGAGCUUUCAAUGCAUCAAUACCUGUGAUGAAUGAGACGGCGCACCAGAUUUGGGAUAAACUCCUGGAUGAUGGAGCCGAUGGACUGGCAUUUGCCCCUCAGUGCGAACUCAUCGCCUGGCUGCAGCCGAUACCAUAUAGGUUCCCCAGUCUCGAUUCGACCAGAGCCAGCGAUUUCCUUCAUCGAGUCGAACAGGAGCUUUCUCAGCCAGAAGGCGCUCCCGUCGGCCAGCCUCCGCCACUGACCUUUUCAGCCGUCAUUUUUUCGCCCGACUGCGGCUACAUCCUGUCAUCUCCCACCAUUUUUGGACCCAAGAUCGAGACGUAUUGGACUCUCGCACAGCGCUUGCUGUUCGCGUACGUUAUCUCGAUUGGGAUACAAAUUGCUCUUCUCAAACGGCAGAUGGAGAAGGCUGCGACACCCUCGACUCGAAGCCGCAUCGCUUAUCAGAGUAUCGUCAUUGCUGCCCUUGGUGAUGGCUUGCUCUUGUUUGCGCUUAUGGCACUCCUCAUGAUAGACGAUGCGGCUUUUCUAGUGGUUGCAGCAGCCGCAUAUUUAGCCUGCAUCCACGUUGCCUUCCUGGAGGUGAAGUUCGUCUUUGACAUAUGGACAGUCCAGGUCGGCGAUCCUGCACGUGCAGAACAGGAACGUCAACAGAGGGCCGCUCCAAAUCCCGCAACGCCACCUGCUCCAGCAUCGACAAAUGUACAGAUAUCAAACACUGGUGACACGGCUGGCCUCCCACUUCCAGCAACAGCUCCAAGGCUUGAAGGGGCUACUCCUGUGAUCAUUCCCUCGGAUCAGGGCAAUCCCGUACCAGCUGAGAUUCCGAGCGCGCGGGCGUCAUUUGCUGCCAUUUACAGCCGAUUUUACUUCUCGCUCGUGAUGCUCAUGUUCUUUUCACUCUGGGCCACGACGUGGCCGAGAUCCUUGCGAUCAGCUUAUACCAACCUUUUGGCAUUCUGUUACUUCUCCUAUUGGUGGCCACAGAUCUAUCGCAAUGCAAUGCGCAAUUGUCGAAAAGCCCUGAGCUGGGAGUAUGUGGUCGGGACAAGUAUCCUUCGAGCAGUGCCGAUCCUCUAUUGGUACUUCGCGGAUAACAACCUUCUUGCCAUCGACACGAGCCCGACUUCCGCUGUCAUCUUGCUUAGUUGGUUGUGGCUUCAAGUCGCCCUUCUCGCUAGCCAACAGUUCCUGGGACCUCGUCUUCUCGUUCGAGAUUCUUGGUGCCCGCCCGCUUACGAUUACCAUCCCUUGCUUCGCGAGGAUGACGUCGAAGCUAACGGCAUGUCCAUCGGCCGACUUGCCUCUGCGUCUGAGGCCAAAGACAAAGACGACAGAACCCGCAAGGUCUUCGAUUGUGCCAUCUGCAUGAACGAGAUCGAUGUGCCUGUUCUGUCAAAAGCAGACAAUACGAGCGGAAGACCUCUCACCAGGGGUACCGGGGUGGCGUGGCUUGAGCAGAGGAACUACAUGGUGACUCCUUGCAGGCAUAUUUUCCAUGCCGAGUGUCUUGAGGGUUGGAUGAAUCUGAGGCUUGUUUGCCCUGUAUGCAGAGAAGGCUUGCCUCCGCUCUAA